UGUAAUUUGGUAAACGUUAGCUCCUUGGAAAUGUGCCUAAGGGAAAAACAGGAUACGAAGGGCGUCAAAAAUCAUUUAUAAAUACAGAAGAAAUGCAACUUCUUGCCACAGAUGAAGGUGGUCUUCUCGGUGUAAAGAUGUUCCUACGCAAAUUAUACAUACCAGUUUUCCUUGAACCAUUUAUUGCUUUGGUGAAAAGCGCUCCUGGCCUACAUAACAGUCAGCAGCCACCAUCUGGCAUAGUAAUAGCAGUAGCAAACAAUGAUUUCGUUAGCAACAUUUCCAACAGUUCCAAUACAUCCCAGCAUUGGUUAAAUCCGCGACAUGUUUUGUCAGACCUUACACUUACACUCAAUGCGAAACAGGAGUUUGACACUUCGUCGUUUCCAGUGACAUCUCAACCAUCGGUGCAACCGAUGAAGGCAAAACUUUUGAACGUUUCAAAAACGAACACGUCAACAACGCUCAAUUUUACUUCGACCGUUUCACGUUCUUUCAGUGAUCAACGCAAUUUGUUAAUCGGUUUCAUCUCUAGAAUCUUCGAAGACUCUUUAGCCAGCCCUAAAAUCCAAAAUACGUCCAUCAUACCUUCUCCUGGUGUCUCUUUUCCUGCAUCAGACCAUUAUCCCGAUCGUGAUCAUCGUUACUCUAUCAUUUCGUCUCUAUACCAUUUUUCUUCGCCUUCUCGUCGCCUAUUCUGGGCAUUACGCCGAUAUUUCAGCAACUUGUGAAAGAAUGUGAUAAUGUAAAAUUUAAAUGAAACUCCUUGAUUUAAAAAAAAA